AGUUGCUAACGGUUGCGCCUCGGGCUGCGUAGCGUGUUGGCAUCUCGGUUGGUAUGCGCAAUUUAGAGGGUCAGCGCUCCGGCAUGGAACACUUCUUCUCUAGCAUCGUUGCAAUAAUCCUAGCUCUCCUACUAGCCACCGGUGGGGAGUCAUGGACCGGCACGCGAGGCGGGUGUUCUUCUCCCUCGUCAAUGGCAAUAAGCCGUAUCAUCACUAGUACAUACAACGAUUCCGGCCUACGAAUAGUGAUUAGAGAAAACGAAAUUGUUUGCAAUUCGUAUGCUUAUGAAAAAAUGACGGUACUCUGUCUGUAUGACCGGUGCAACGAAACGUCGUGCCUACCGGAGCCCGUGAGUGUGGUACUGGAUAUACUGUGCCUAGACGGCGUGUGGGAACUAACGCACUACGAGAGUGUCAAAUUCUACAAUCUCUCUACUGAAAGUCCUAACUGCACCGAUUGUUUGGAUGUGGAAUUGGUUCAAAGCAGAAAGUACCCUAUCAAUCCCCCUGGCUUGCUGGCGUACAACCAGACGACUCACUGCCUGUUGCUCCCCUCCUGCUAUAAUGAGGCUGGUUGA